GGAACUUUCAUAAAGUGUCCAUGGCAGUCUUGAAGAUGUCAAUUGGGUAACUAGGUACUCGUUCAAUCAUACGAGUAUUCUCAUAUCGAGUAUUCGUUUUUCACGCUCAGCAUCGGCAGUGCAAUGCAUCUACCUACCUGUUUAGGUAGAGACAACAACAGGGUCUCAGUAGCCUUGCAUAUUCCCCGCCGAUCAGUCCCAGCCUCGGGGUUUUUUACUCAAAGAAAGCAGUCAGACGGGCUGAUGACGGAUAAAUUGAUAUUUCAGAUUCUGUGCAACUGGAAGACUUAAGAAGAGGUUGGUACAAGUACCUGCUCUUUAUAAAGUUCUGUCGGAGGCCCGUUCAAGUACUGCUUCUGGUUCUGGUAUGUUGAAUCGCACUUUCCAAAACGAGAGAGUUAAGCCCCUGGUCAUCGCAAACGAGAGACUUAGACUGUGACUCCAUUGAACCCCUCAAUUCCGGUCUUAUUUCAAAUCCCCUCACAAUUGAAUCAUUCCACUCCAACUGCCUCAACUACCCAAAAAUAACCAUUCACGAUGAACGUCUUUGCGAAUUCCUUCCUCCUAGCUAUUGUAGCUAUGGUCUCUGCUCAAGAUCUUCCUCCAGACCUACCAGCUUGUGCAGUAAGCUCUCCCACCCCUCACUUACUCUUCAAUUACUAACACUCAACCAGCAAGCCUGCGCUCUACCAUACUUUGAUUACACUUUCGAGAAAUUUGCCGGCUGCUCUGCUCGCGAUGUUGCUUGCGUCUGUACCAAUAUCGACUUCGUCGCCGAGAUAUCCUGCUGCAUUUACCAAAAUUGCACUGCUGCAGAGCAACAAACAUCAGUCAAUUUCGGCAACAAUUUGUGUAGUCAGGUUGUGAUUCCGGGCACUCCUCCACUCCCAUCUUCAGCGAGCUGUCCUGCCAGUUCAUCCCCAAUUCCAACACCGACUCCUACACCAUACCCAACUUCACCACCAGCUGUCACUGUCACGGUUCCUCCAUCUGCUUGUUCAGCCCCAAAUUCGACUCCAGUCGGUUAUAGGAUCAAAGGAAGGGUGGUACGAAGCGAGUGAGAGGUUGUUUGGUAUCGUGAGGUGUGGGACGAUGGAUGUUUUACGAAGAAAUGAUUACAUACAGUAAUUGAUGGUCGAGAAUAAUGGUAAUUGCAUCUUGGGGAUCGAGAAUUUAAUCUUAAUACGCUCAUUUGAGGGAAGGGAGGGAAGGAAAAUCUUUGGCAUGAUGCACAGGGCUGGCUUGUGCAAAACAAAUCGA